CGUCAGAUGGCGCUAGCUUGCAGCUUGUUGUCAGUUGCGUGAAGGACGAGAGUUUCGUGAGUCCUGUGAUAUCACAAAGGCGUCAACUCAAGCGACGGUCGUAGCUCUCGGGACUUUUCGGGACUUUCGGGGGGCUGUUUGGGGUUCGGCGUCGCAGUUAGCAUUGCAUUCGAUAGUGUAGUGCCAACAGAGUCGGGAGGAGGGUGUUCGUUACACUGAGAGACUGCCACGACUCGUCACACACACGUCUUCACACUCACGCCAAAUCGUGCAGUGUGCAGUGUGCAAGAGUAAAUAUAAGAAUUCCAGGUUAUUGUGUGUGUGCGUGUGUGUGUGUGUUGUUUCCCCUCUCUUUCUCUGCUGCUGCUGCCUCUGCUGCUGCUGCUGGAGAGAGUUGUGAGUGUACCGAGCCGAUUGUUUUAUCCGGUUACUAGUCUCGUUCGAGUUGACCUGAACGAAAGAUCACGUCCAUUUUCGAUCGCCCUGACCAUAAGUGAGAGUGAUUUGCUGAGCAUGUCGGCCAUUGGUGGUUAAGUGAAUGGUGUCGAAGACAAUUCAAAAGAAGUUUUUUUAGAAAGUACACGCCAAAAAUACGAACGUCAUAACAAAAAAGAAACGAAAUCAAUCGAACUGAAUUUCCAAAAGGGGUUUCAGACUUUUGGAGCGAGCACACAACGGCCAACUAGAUCCAUCCAUCAUGGCUCUGAACGCUACCACACGUUUUAGCGAUAAUUACGAACUGAAAGAAGAAUUAGGAAAGGGAGCCUUUUCGAUUGUGCGGCGAUGCGUCCAAAAAUCCACUGGGUUGGAGUUUGCGGCCAAGAUCAUCAACACCAAAAAGUUGUCGGCUCGAGAUUUCCAGAAACUGGAACGAGAGGCCCGCAUCUGCCGCAAACUUCAGCACCCCAAUAUCGCUACACAUGAACCUUAUGGUGGUCAUUGGCGAGGGAAGGGUGAUCAAGCUUUGCUUCGACUCCACGACAGUAUACAGGAGGAGAGCUUUCAUUACCUCGUAUUCGACCUUGUGACGGGCGGCGAACUCUUCGAGGACAUCGUUGCCCGCGAAUUCUACAGCGAAGCCGAUGCGUCGCACUGCAUCCAACAGAUUUUGGAGAGCGUCAACCAUUGUCACCAAAACGGCGUCGUUCACAGGGAUCUCAAGCCGGAAAAUCUGCUCCUGGCCAGCAAAGCCAAAGGAGCCGCAGUCAAGUUGGCCGACUUUGGUCUGGCCAUUGAAGUUCAGGGCGAACAGCAAGCCUGGUUCGGCUUCGCUGGAACGCCCGGAUACCUGUCCCCAGAGGUGCUCAAGAAGGAGCCUUACGGGAAACCUGUGGAUAUCUGGGCUUGCGGUGUGAUUCUGUACAUUUUAUUGGUUGGAUACCCGCCGUUCUGGGAUGAGGACCAGCAUCGAUUGUACGCACAGAUCAAAGCUGGAGCUUACGAUUAUCCGUCACCGGAAUGGGACACGGUGACACCAGAAGCCAAAAAUCUCAUCAAUCAGAUGUUGACUGUCAAUCCUGCCAAGCGCAUCACGGCCGCCGAAGCCCUUAAACACCCAUGGAUCUGCCAACGAGAACGUGUUGCCAGUGUGGUCCACAGACAGGAGACAGUCGACUGCCUCAAGAAAUUCAACGCCCGCCGCAAGUUAAAAGGCGCCAUUUUGACGACAAUGUUGGCUACGCGGAACUUUUCCAGCCGGAGCAUCAUCAACAAGAAGAGCGACGGUUCCAACGUCAAGGAGUCAACCGAUAGCAGCACGACGAUCGAAGAGGAUGACGUCAAAGAAAAGUCCAAGGGAGUGGUGGAUCGCAGUUCGACCGUCAUCGCCAAAGAGCCUGAAGUGACGCAACCGAGUUUGGCGGACGGCGGAGUCGCCUCCUGCCAGUCGAGCUCAACGGCGCCAGAUGCAGUUGGCACUGGGACCGCAGCGAAUGCAACGCAAAGGGCUAGUGCCGAAGCAGCGAUGAUGGCCAAAGCUCUUGCCUCGUUGACGGCUGCCACACCCUUGCCGUCGUCCGCUUCUGGCGGCGGCGGCAGCGGCGGCGGUAUCAACAAACCGGCCAUCCUUAGCGCGAUCCUCCGCACCGCCGUUCCAGAUCAAGCGACCAAAGUGGAGAAGAGUCAGGUCGCCCCUGCGGUCCCAGCCGCCCCCAUGGCCGCAGUUCAACAUCAUCGAGUUGGCACUCAGCCAGCCGAUCCAAUGCGACCGGACGUUCGACUUACCGCUACGGCCAAAACGUGCUCCCAGUUGCCCAGCAACUGGAACGGCUCAGCCAGGAAACAAGAAAUCCUCAAGCUGACGGAGCAACUGCUGGAAGCCAUCAGCGCUGGUGAUUAUGAAACCUACGCGAAAAUCUGCGACCCGCAUGUGACAUCGUUUGAGCCGGAAGCUCUUGGCAAUCUCGUGGAAGGGCUCGAGUUCCACAAAUUCUUCUUCGACAACCUUCUAGGCAAGAAUUGCAAAUCAAUCAACACACUGAUCCUCAACCCUCACAUCCAUUUGAUGGGCGAGGAUGCCGCCUGCAUUGCAUACGUCCGUCUGACUCAAUUCGUGGACAAACAAGGGCAGGCGCACACACAACAGAACGAAGAAACCCGCGUGUGGUACCGCCGUGAUGGCAAAUGGCUGAAUGUUCACUUUCACCGAUCGGGAGCCUCAACUCCUUGUACUCUUCCGUAUCAUCAAAAUAAAUAACAACACACCUUACCCUAUUAAAAAAAAAAGAAAAAAACCAAAAAC